AUGGAAAUUAUUCUUCUUGAAAGAGUUCGUAAGCUUGGAUUUAUGGGUGACGUUGUCACAGUCAAACCUGGAUUUGCACGUCAUUUUCUUUUGCCAAAAGGAAAAGCACUUCGUGCGACAAAAGAAAAUCUUGCCUUUUUUGAAAAGCAAAAGAAGCAAUAUGAAGCAGACAAUCUAAAGCUUAAAACAGAAGCUGAAGCGUUAGCGAAAAAAAUGGAAGGCUUAAAGCUCGUCAUCAUUCGCCACGCUGGUGAAAGUGGUCACUUGUAUGGUUCUGUUGCUGCACGCGACAUUACAGAAGCUGCCGAAAAAGCAGGUUUUUCUAUCGACCGCUCUCAGGUUGUUUUGGACACUCCUAUUAAAAUGUUGGGUAUCCAUAAUGCGACUAUCACCUUGCACCCAGAAGUGGAUGUCGAUGUUUGCUUAAACGUUGCAAAAUCUGAAGAAGAAGCUGUAUUGCAAGAAGAACGCGGUGGUGCUCUCAUUGCUGAAGGCGUGGCAAAAACUUCUGAAAAAGUGGCACCGCUUGAAGUGGUCGCAA